AUGAGCUCCAACACAGCCUCGACUUCUCAAGAGACCCAGAGCCAAGACAAACCGCAGCUCGACGUUUGCCUUGUAUGGAGCGGCAGGGGCAAGUGGGCGUUUGGACUUGGAGCACAGGGCUCAUGCACACACCCCGACGAGGAGACGGCGGCUUUCGUCGUCUACGGGCCGGCUUUUACUCCAGGCAAGGUCGACGAAGAAUAUCCCCUGCGGGUAACUGAGAACUGCCCGAAUCGACCCGAACCAAGGGUAUAUGCAAAGAUUUGCAACAUUGACGCCGAUAAGCGGAACGACUUUAAAACGACGAUUCUCGCAUUCCACCCGAAUGUAGAAUCAUUCCGCGUGGAAGCGAAUAAAAGCCCUCUAGUUUUCAUGGUACACGCAUGGGACUAUGUUUAUCGGCAGGGAGUCCUCGAUAAAAGUCAGUACAAUGAUGGGAGGGAGGCUUUUUGCACGUGCGUUUCGGAGACCGCCGAGGCGCACAACGCUCGCUCGCUCGCUCGAGAGAAUGGAGGAACAAUUCGCAGGCGCGGCCGGUCGCCACAGAGAUGGCGGGAGGAGAGUAGACGCAUCUAUCCGUAG